GCUUGACAAGCAUACUGUCUUUAGACAUCUGAACCAUUCAAAUAAGAAUAAUGUUUUACUUGGGCCAGAGUUCUAUGGGAUUGAUUGCUUCUGCUUUUUAGGUAGUGAAUAUUUAAUCUUUAUAUUUGUCUAGUGUGCAGUUUUCCCAUAUCCUAAAGCAGUUUCACCUGGGCCACAAGUGAUGGUCAUUUCAACAUCCGUUGAUAAAAAUAUUUUUUGGUGUGAUUGAUUACUUAGGUCACUGUUGAUCUGCUCACAGGCAGUAAAUGAUCAACAGCUACCUGGAGUGAUUUUUGCAUUGUGUGGUAGACUCAGCAGCCAUUAGGCUGUGCAGCUGUUUGGUUCACAGCUAUCAGGGUGAGCAGAAAGGGGAGGGAAACAGCCUCAUCAGAGACACUGCAAUGCUGUGAUUUAUGCAGGGCAGCUUGCCCUGCGCUGGACUGCUAGAGGAUAUUUUUCCCUGCAGCAUUCGAGCGUGACUUUAGAUCUGCCUGUUUUUAACCUACUACAAGGAAAAUAAGCCUUUUAACCACUAAUCAUAUGUCCCUUUGCACAUGUGUAAUUUCGAAGUUGAUACUGGGGGGAGAAAAAAACCACAAAACAAAAAUGCUGAGUAUUUGUUAUCUAGGGCUUCUUGUUUAGUUGCCUUGUGCUCCGAGGGUAGGGCUUGGGUAAUAGUUGCAGCCGGGCUGAUGAGCAGGAGGGAACAGAUCUGAAAUUGCUUUCAGACUAUUCAGAAGAAGAGCAGCUCACUUAUCAACUACAGCUUUCGAAAGAAUUUAUCCUUGCACGUGCAGGGAGAGCUUUAGGUACUUUAUACAAAAAACUCCUCUGAGUUUUUGCUGCUUUUCCUUAGCGGGCUCCAAGGUUUUGGGAGAGGUUUUACACCUCCAGACUCCUGUUUGGCUGCCGGCAGUUUCCUCUGGGCUUCCUGCUCAGUGGCUCUGGUGGUGGUUUCGCAUUGUUCCCCCGCUGAUGACUCAGAGAAACAGGAAAGAGAUCCCCUGGUGAACAAAAAGCACAACCACCAAACAGGUGCCUGUAUUCUGGUGUUGCAGAGGACAAACCACCUCAUUCUGGACUUUUUCCUAAGAUUCUUAUCUGCAAGUAUGAGACUCAGGAGGAAUGGGUCAUACACGCUGAACGGGAAGUCCAAGGGAAAGCCAAAUGGUAAGAAGCCAGCACCAGAAGAGAAGAAACUUUACCUAGAGCCAGAAUACACAAAAUCCAGAAUUACCGACUUCGAAUUUAAGGAACUAGUGAUGUUGCCACGGGAAAUAGACCUCAACGAGUGGCUUGCCAGCAACACAACAACUUUCUUUCAUCACAUCAACUUACAGUAUAGUACAAUCUCAGAAUUCUGUACAGGAGAGUCAUGUCAGACCAUGGCAGUGUGCAAUACACAGUACUACUGGUAUGAUGAGCGGGGAAAGAAGAUCAAGUGCACUGCUCCUCAGUACGUUGACUUCGUCAUGAGUUCGGUGCAGAAGCUAGUGACAGAUGAGGACGUCUUUCCAACAAAAUACGGCAAGGAAUUCCCAAACUCAUUUGAGUCCCUAGUGAAGAAGAUCUGCAAGUACCUGUUCCAUGUGCUGGCCCAUAUCUACUCCUCACACUUUAAGGAGACUUUGGCACUGGAGCUGCACGGACAUUUAAACACACUCUACACACACUUUAUCCUAUUCAUCAGGGAGUUCAACCUCGUGGACCCUAAAGAGACCACCAUCAUGGAUGACCUCACAGAGGUCCUCUGCAGCAGCAGCGGGAGCAGCAGUAAUGGGAGCGGCAACGGGAGCGGCAACAGCGCAGGAGCACAGAACCACGUGAAAGAGAGAUGAGCCCUCCUCCCGGACCCAAACUAACAUUAUAAACAGUAUAAUCUAUUGUGUGUAUGUGUAUGUAUAUGUUCAGAUAUACAUACGGGCAUAUACAGUGAUGAAAGCUGACCGCAGAGAUGCUGCCACGCAGGACGCGCAGUCGUACGGGGCUGUACGGAGCUUUGGGUUCAUGCGCCAGCCGGCGAGAAGUUGCACCAGUUUUAUUUUAUUUUCUGUCCACUCCUCCUUUUACCUAUUCAGAUGGAUGAUGUGUGCUGUUUUUAGAGAAGAGCCAAGCUUGAGAGUGGGGCCACUCUUGGUUUUUUGUUUUGUUUUGGUUUUUUUUCUCCUUUUGUUUGGUUGGUUGGUUUUCUAUUUUUCUUUCUUUGGUCUUGAGUGCAAGCCCUUUGGUCUUUCUAGGAUGGUGGUCCUGCCAUUUAAAAAGUAUCUAUUAUAUUAUAAGAAGUAACUUUUACUUUGAAGUGGCUUAAAAUGCAGGUUUGUUUGGGGUUUUUUUUUUGGGGGGUGGGGGUGGUUUUUUGGUUUGGUUUUACAUAGACUGCCCCUUACCCUGCCAAAAGCUCCCCCACUGAGUGCAUCUUGCCCUUUGUUAGCUUGGAAUGGGAAGAAACUCCUGGCUUGACUAGAGUAGCAACUAGGAGCUUGCUACAUGUUGAAAGUGGGCAAGAUUCUCCAGUUGUCCCAUCUACUCGGUCACAAGGUGUGAACGUGCAAGAGGAUCCACAAACCUUUCUGCUUAUUGCUCCUACAACAUAUAUACUCUUUUCUCUGCUCCCCUGCCUCUUCUUUUCCCAGGCACACCUGCACAGGUAACAGGAGUAGGAUCACUGCAGUCCAAAACCAUGUGCAAGAGUCACCACCAUUUGCUUUCCCUUGAACAGAGGCCCGGGGAAGGGGGGAGAAGGGUAUACCGAGUCAGUCACCGCCUGUGCUAGAAAGAUGGCUGUUGGCAUAAAAUUAUAUUGUUGGCUUAUUUUAGUUCAUCUGUUCUAUAAUAAUAAAAACAAAUCUAUCAGCCACAA